AUAGGUCAUCGUAUGAUCCACGCGUGAUGUUUCUUGUCAAAUCGCGUGAAAAUUAAUUGAAUGUUUAUGCGAUUUUGAAAGCACUAACAGAUACUUUGCAGAAAACGUUGGCAGUAUAUUAAUUGGCAGUUAUAAAGUGAAUAUUUUCUGCAAAAUAUUUCGCCUUAGAGAAUGUCAGCCAAGGCAAUACAUGAGGCAAAAGGGAAGGAACUUUUAAAUAAGUUCCUAGAGGGUGCUUCAAUAAAGAACAAGUUUGCUGUUGUAAAAGAAGAUGUGAAUUGGGGACAGCUUGUUGAUGACAAUCCAUGGCUGUCGACUGAGAAACUUGUUGUGAAACCAGAUCAGUUGAUAAAAAGACGAGGAAAGCUUGGUUUGAUCAAAGCAGGGACAGAUCUUGCUGGUGUUCAGGAAUGGCUGAAACCCAAACUUGGAAAGGAUUUCACGAUUGGAAGAGCUGUUGGAAGAUUGAAGAAUUUCAUCAUAGAACCAUUUGUUGCCCAUAAACAGACUGAGGAAUUCUAUGUAUGUAUAUAUUCUCAUCGCUACGGUGACACAUUACUCUUCCAUCAUGAAGGAGGAGUUGAUAUCGGAGAUGUGGAUGCCAAGGCUGUCAAGAUGGAUGUAGCGGUGGAUGAGGAGUUGAACACUGCAGAUGUAGAGUCCAAGCUACUUGCCAAUGCUCCUGCAGAGGCUAAACAAACGUUGGUCAACUUUAUCAUAUGCCUGUACAAAGUCUACAGAGAACUUUUCUUCACAUAUUUGGAAAUUAAUCCAUUAGUGGUGACAGGAGGCAAUGUUUAUGUUCUGGAUUUGGCAGCUAAGAUUGACCAGUGUGCUGAGUAUCUAUGUAAAGCCCAGUGGGGAGAUAUAGAAUUUCCACCUCCAUUUGGUAGAGAUGCUCUCCCUGAGGAAGCGUAUAUAGCAGAACUAGAUGCAAAGAGUGGAGCAUCACUGAAACUGACUAUCCUGAACAAGGCAGGAAGAAUAUGGACCAUGGUUGCAGGAGGCGGAGCUUCAGUAAUUUAUGCCGAUACGAUAUGUGAUCUAGGUGGUGCUAGUGAUCUUGCCAACUACGGGGAGUAUUCAGGUGCACCAAGUGAACAGCAGACGUACGAGUAUGCCAAAACAUUGCUGUCCCUCAUGACACAAGAAAAAAAUCCAGAUGGAAAAAUUCUCAUCAUUGGUGGAGGUAUAGCAAACUUUACAAAUGUAGCCGCCACAUUUAAGGGAAUUGUGCGAGCUUUACGAGAGUACCAGCAGAAAUUGAUAGAAGGCAAUGUUGUAAUAUAUGUGAGACGGGCUGGACCAAACUAUCAAGAGGGGCUUAGGAUUAUGAGAGAACUUGGUGAUACUUUAGGGGUACCAAUCCAUGUGUUCGGACCCGAGACCCACAUGACAGCUAUAGUCAGCAUGGCCCUUGGUAAGAGAGAUAUACCCACAGAUCCUAAACCCAUGCCAACCACUGCAAACUUCCUACUCCCAACUUCUACUGCAGGAGGGGCAUCACCAGUCCCAAGCAGGCGUGAAUCUUCAGCCGACCUCACAAAAGCUCCAGUCACAGCACCACCUCCAGAUGUUGCCACCCUGAGUGACAGCCAUUACUCUCGACCAUUAUUUACGAAGGGGACUAAGGCCAUCAUCUGGGGAAUGCAGCAACGAGCGGUGCAAAGCAUGAUGGAUUUUGAUUAUGUCUGUUCAAGGAAGGCACCAUCAGUUGUAGCUAUGAUUUAUCCAUUCACUGGGGAUCAUAAACAGAAGUUUUACUGGGGUCAUAAAGAGGUCCUUGUACCUGUUUAUAAGAACAUGGCUGACUGUAUGAAGAAACAUCCCGAUGCUGAUGUACUUGUCAGCUUUGCAUCCUUGAGAUCUGCUUAUGAAAGUACCGAGGAGACGUUGACAUUCCCGCAGAUUCGAACUAUAGCAAUAAUUGCGGAGGGCAUUCCAGAGAAUCUCACAAGAAAAUUGGUUAAAGUAGCCACUGAAAAGGGAGUCAGCAUUAUUGGACCUGCCACUGUAGGAGGAGUUAAGCCAGGUUGUUUCAAGAUCGGCAACACUGGGGGUAUGUUAGACAAUAUUCUGUCUUCCAAGCUGUACCGACCUGGCAGCGUAGCUUAUGUGUCACGAUCUGGUGGUAUGUCGAAUGAACUGAACAACAUUAUAGCCCUCAAUACAGAUGGUGUCUUUGAAGGGGUGGCUAUAGGUGGUGAUAGGUACCCAGGUACAACGUUUAUGGACCAUAUACUGAGGUACCAGGAUGAUCCUGAUGUUAAAAUGAUUGUUCUACUUGGUGAGGUGGGUGGGGUAGAGGAGUACAAGUUAACCCAGGCCAUGUCAGAGAACAGAGUUACCAAACCUGUUGUUGCUUGGUGUAUUGGUACCUGCGCAAAAAUGUUCACAUCAGACGUGCAGUUCGGCCAUGCUGGUUCAUGCGCUAAUGCCGAUGCUGAAACUGCUGUCGCCAAAAAUAAAGCACUAGCUGAUGCUGGGGCGCAUGUUCCGAAAAGCUUUGAUGAAUUGGGAUAUCUUAUUAAGCAAGUUUAUGAUGAUUUAGUUGCCGACGGAACCAUUAUCCCGAAACCUGAACAGGCACCCCCAACAGUUCCUAUGGAUUUUGCUUGGGCAAGGGAAUUAGGUCUGAUACGUAAGCCAGCCUCGUUUAUGACCAGUAUUUGUGAUGAAAGGGGCCAUGAGCUGCUGUAUGCAGGUAUCCCUAUAACAGAUAUAUUCAAGGAAGAUAUGGGCAUAGGAGGAGUCCUUAGUCUUUUAUGGUUUCAAAGAAGACUUCCACGAUAUGCAACUAAGUUUAUAGAGAUGUGUUUAAUGGUGACGGCAGAUCACGGGCCUGCUGUGUCCGGUGCACAUAAUACCAUUGUGUGUGCCCGGGCAGGAAAAGAUCUCAUCUCGUGUCUGACUUCAGGACUUCUGACCAUUGGAGACAGAUUUGGUGGUGCUCUAGAUGCUGCAGCGAAACAGUUCAGUGAAGCUGUAGACUCGGGAAUGAUACCAAUGGAUUUCGUAAAUACUAUGAGGAAAAAGGGAAAACUUAUAAUGGGAAUUGGUCACAGAGUAAAAUCAAUAAACAACCCGGAUAUGAGAGUUGUAAUUUUAAAGGAGUAUGCACAGAAAAAUUUUCCAGCUACACCAAUUUUAGAUUAUGCAAUUGAAGUGGAGAAGAUCACAACCUCUAAGAAACCAAAUCUCAUACUGAAUGUAGAUGGAUUUAUUGGAGUGGCAUUUGUGGAUUUAUUAAGGAACUGUGGAUGUUUUACUAGGGAGGAGGCCCAGGAGUUUAUCGAGAUAGGUGCACUAAAUGGACUGUUUGUGUUAGGUAGAAGUAUGGGCUUUAUAGGUCAUUUUCUGGAUCAGAAGCGACUGAAACAAGGUCUUUACAGACAUCCUUGGGAUGAUAUCUCGUACGUAAUGCCAGAGAGUUUUGGCGGGGAACAAGAUCAACAGUAGAGUUUACAGCAGGACCAACAGUAGUACUUGUUGGUAUCUUAGGCUGUUGUUAGCAAUAUAUACGUGACUCCCAUAAACAUUUCUGUAGGAUAUAGAGAUUUAGGCCUAUAUAUAUUAAAUGGUGAUUGGUCUAAGGUGGUGACAAUUUAAAGCAAACUGGACCCGCAAUACUAGAAACAUAACUUAUUUAGCACCUUGUUGCCAUAAAGUAGAGAAUAGUUCAUUAACAUUGUGAUGUUACAUGUUUUAUUAUACAACAUAUUUUCAUGAAAGUACUCUGCACGUUAUCUGAGAUUUUAGCUUAUAGGAGGAUACUCCUACAGUUAACUUACAGAGAAAUUUCUAUGCAGCAUUGAUAUUUGAUAUUAUUUACGACUAGCCAUUUGAUAAGCAGUAUGACUUGCACUAGCUUUCAACUAACAUACCUUGUAUGUUUUCAUUGUUUCAACUUGUAUUUUGUUAAAUCAAAUAUUAAAUACAGAAAUAUUCCACUUAAGUAGGCCACAUUUUACUUCUGUUAGUCAUCACAUGUUGUAAGUCUCACAUAACCUGCAGGGUAUAUGUCAGUGCGAGGUUUAUCUCAAAUGUUUCUGUGUUUAUUUUGUCAUAGGAAAUUAAUGCUGGUUAAAGGGGAGUUGCUGUAGUUAUAAAUGUUCGUUUAGAUAUCACACAUAUCUUUAUAUAACAGAUGCAAUAGGUUUUUGUGGUCCCUAGCAUAAUCUUUUUUUUUUUUCAUACAUUUUUCAUAAAUCUGAUCAUGUCAGAUUAUAUUAGAUUGGUGCAAUUUUUAAGAGUUAAAAACAAUGGAUUUACAGCCAUCAAUGUUUUGUUUAACCAGAAUGAAAUUCUGAAGGUUCGUAUUCUUUAAACACAAUGGUAUAUUUUAUAUCUAAUGUAAACCAUGAUUUUUAUUAGCUCACCUGUCACAUAAUGACAAGGUGAGCUUUUGUGAUCGCGCGUCGUCUGUGCGUCCGUAAACUUUUGCUUGUGACCACUCUAGAGGUCACAUUUUUUGUGGGAUCUUUAUGAAAGUUGGUCAGAAUGUUCAUCUUGAUGAUAUCUAGGUCAAGUUCGAAACUGGGUCACGUGCCUUCAAAAACUAGGUCAGUAGAUCUAAAAAUAGAAAAACCUUGUGACCUCUCUAGAGGCCAUAUAUUUCACAAGAUCAUCAUGAAAAUUGGUCAGAAUGUUGACCUUGAUGAUAUCUAGGUCAAGUUCGAAACUGGGUCACGUGCCAUCAAAAACUAGGUCAGUAGGUCAAAAAAUAGAAAAAUCUUGUGACCUCUCUAGAGGCCAUAUAUUUCACAAGAUCUUCAUGAAAAUUGGUCAGAACGUUCACCUUGAUGAUAUCUAGAUAAAAUUUGAAACUGGGUCACAUGCCUUCAAAAACUAGGUCAG